AUGGAACCAGGAUCGGGGUCUCCGUUAACGGCACGGGCCAAAUUUGAAUUUCAAGGAACUAAUAACGAUGAGGUAAGUCUAUUUAUGCAGAUUUCAAUCAUUUGAUUUUAAUUUUUCAGUUGAGCUUCGAAAAAGACGACAUCAUCACGAUUACACAGCAACAAGAUGGUGGAUGGUGGGAAGGAACCCACGAAGGACUCACCGGAUGGUUUCCGAGCGGAUAUGUCACUCUCAUCACUGAAAAAGGUACGAAAACUUCCGGUUUUUUCGAUCAACGCCUCGAUUUUCCAGACAAACUUCAACGAUCGCGGUCUGUGCCCAAUGCGACUGCUAGAGGUAACGUUUUCCGGCAUUUUCCGCUGCUUUGAACAAUUUUAGUGUCAUUUCAGAAGUAGUUGCACUCGGAGCUCAACCAGACUAUCGGAGCGACGUACUAAAGAGUUUUGUGGAGGGAGAAACAGAGUACAUCAAGAAUCUGCUGAAAACUCUGCAAUCUCUGCUCAUUCCGAUCGGAACUGCUCACAUGUACGUUUUUGGUGCACUGUCAAAGCUGUGAAACCAUGGUUUUGACAAGAAGAGCCGAAAAGCGGCCAUACCUUUUUUUCACAACCAUACAUUUUUCAGCCUCUCCGCAGACGACUAUUGCAUUUUGGUCGGAAACUUUGAGGACAUCUACAUUCUCCAAAAAAAUCUUCUCUCCAAUUUGGAAACUGAACAGAAGUAAGCAUUUUCUGGUCGCUUCAACCUUCAACCUCAAUAUUUCCAGCGAGGAGCUUCCAAAAAUGAAGAUCGGAGGAGUAUUCAUGAGCGCCGCUUUGGAAAUGCGUACCGCACUGUCUGCAUACGCCGAUAACCAUCCGAACGCCGUCGAAGUUCUCAAGAAAAAGCAGUUAGUGAUGACGGAGAUGAUGAUUGCGCAGUUGUGACGUAUUUUCAGGAAGGAACUGGACAAAGUGGCAAAGGAACAGGGCAGAGACUACAAGGAACUGAUAGCGGGGCUCAGCGAGCCAAUGCGUCACGUCGACAAGUACUACAAUCUGUUGCAAGAACUGGAGAGAAUCGUCCCGGUUAGUGGAAUCACUUGCAGAAAGUCCCUAACACAUUUUCAUUCCCAUUCCUCUUGUUUUCACGGUAAAAGAACCAAAUCCUAAUUAAAUUUUCCAAUCACUGCCUCGUCGUCAGCUACAUAAUUCCCAUGUUUUUGCAGCCAAACCACCCGGAUCGUGGGGAUUUGCAGCGCGGAGCCGCUGUUUUCCGGGAGACCAAGGUAUCACGACAAAAUGAACGCAAAAAAAAAACACACAGAUGAGAACGGAAUUAUUACAGGAUUUGUGCGAAACCCUUCGGAAGCAGAAAGAAGCCCAGCUUGACUUUCUGUACGUAUCGAAAGUCGACAAAAUUGUGUCGGCAGCGGAAAGAGGCAAUAUGUUGUACGUGGGCGUUGCGAAUGUUGAGUUUGUCAAGGAUGAAUCUGUGGACAGGUACAUUAAAAAAUGGGAAUUAGUUGAAAGUGAAGAGCUUCAGGUUCAUUGCCCUGUUCUCCAAGUACAUCAUGUUUUUCGAAGUGAACAAAGACAUGAACUACGAUAUCAAAGAGAAGUACCCGAUUCAAGGAUUCACGGUCCGCCGGAAGGAUGUUGCAGAAGUAGUUUUUGGUGAGUUUGUGAAUUUUCCCUAACUUUGAGCGAAAUGUUCAUUUCAGAACGCCCAAACACUGGAGAGUUUAUAUUGAAUCUUGUUGCCUCUGGCGGAGAGGUCGAACGAUUCAUGACGGCACUGAACAGAGCUGAGAAGGUGCUCGUCAUCGCCACUCCGUCCACUACAAUCGUUCGUCGUCCAUCGAAGAACGCUGCGGACGCGAUGAACCACUCACAGAUCCAGAGUCCCGAGACUCCGCUCACUGCGAAACCACCACAUCCGCCAACAGUUUCGGAUAGCAUACUCGGACUGAUGAACAAGAGGAAAAGUUCAAAAGCGUGAGUUAAAAAAAAAUGGUGGUUUAUUAAGACUCUGAUUCACAUAUCGACGGACCAGAUGAUCCGAUAGGUCUUGAACUUGGACCCAGCAUAUUACAAUCCAAGUCUUAGAAGUUUGGCACCAAUCGGAUUAUAUCAAAUAAUCUAAAAGUUCGGGCGUCGGCCUUCCUUUUGCCCAGCCCUGGUUGAAUGACAUCUGCCUCAUGAUGACUGGCCUCCCUCACUGUUUGCCACCUCGCGCCUAAGCACGUGCCGACCGCGUUUUUGCCUUCUACUUUACUUGCCCGCGCCUUACCGACUUUCGCCGCCCGGUUAGCUCAGUCGGUAGAGCACCAGACUCUUAAUCUGGUUGUCGCGGGUUCGAGCCCCGCAUUGGGCUUACGUUUUUUGCAUUUCGAUCCCACGACCCUGAUGUUCCUCUGUAACCAAACAAGAAGCUAAAUAUUUUUGUGGUUUUUUUUGGAUACACCACGCCAAUAAAGAAAAUCAAAAAAUCAGUGAAUUAGGAAGCUCUGUCUGGUGACUCAAUUCCCUUGUUUUUGUUCGAAUAUAUUUCUCGGUCAGCUGGGAUGUAUGCAUACAAAACACGAACCGCUACGUCAAGAUCGGUAUCGGAAGAUCAAGAACAAAAAAAAAGAGAUGGAUAAGAUUGUAGUGGGAAUUCGGGAAAAACUGUUUUGAAAGUGAAAGCACGGAAGGGAAACAAAUUACGGUAGUUCUACUUACAGUUUCGAUGAUCCGAUGAACGCGAGCAGCAUCAAAUUCGACCAUGAACUCGGAAUGGUGCUCCCCGAAGGCUUUGAACUGCCCACAAGCAGCCGUAACUCUCGAAAUACUUCCGGUUCGUCUUGUUAUUUCAUUAUUUCUGUUUUCCUCCCACAUCACAUCAUUACCCGACAAAAAAACACGGUAUUUGUAUUCAUUUCAGAUAAUGUUCAAUUCUCUCAAUUCCCUGCGUAUUUCCUGAGUGGAAAUGCCGGCAAAAGAAGCGAUCGUGGAUUCCGCCUACGCAAAGACGCUGCGCGCGAGGAGGAGAUCGAGUUUGAGACGCUUCGAAUUCUCGACGGUUACUGUGUCGAGUCGGUGGGAGCACAAUCGGAUUUCCAUGGAGCCAACGAUAGCUAUCAGCAGCCGCAUCUGAUUGUCGCCGAGGACGAGAAGAUACUGGUCGAGGAGAUGGUCGGAGACGAAGUCGUUUUCCAGGAGAAGUACGUGUUUUUUUUUCCUUGUGCUUGGUCCCGCUGAGUGUCCGUGAAGGACAUAUGGACGCCCCCGUGGGCGGGUGUGUUUAGAAGACAAUUGUGGCUGGUUUAUUCAUGAACAAUGCUAAUCCACUUGAGAAUGAAAGUGAGCGAAACAAAGACAAUAAUAUAUUGGAAACAUUGGAAAGUGGUGAUUUCUCGUGAAAAAAAUUGAUAGAUUCGGGGGAUUACUGUACCAAUAGACAUCAAAACACAUUGUGUAUAUCUAGUAAGCAAAAGCAUAAACAACUUUUUCGAUCAUCUUUCAAGUAUCAAAAAUUGCUCCAAUUGUGCAUAGUUUGACCCCUCGUUUUUUGCUCGCCUAGCUCUACUCCCCCCGCUCUCACAGCCCACUGCUUCUCGUUUCUCUGCUCAUUUCCCGUCGGUUUUUCAGAAGCAUUGUUGACGCCGUCUACUCCAUCAAAGAUCAGCUCUCGUUUCUGCAGACUGAAUUCCAAAAACUGGCCAAGGUAAGAGCACUAUUACUUAAAUAUUCUGGGAGGGAGGGGACUCUUUUGAAAACGGAAGAAAAGAGAAAGGAAGAGAGAGAACUCGAGAAACAACACAUUAAAAAUCUAUGACGAGGCAUGGCAGGCAUUCAAGUGAAUAGAAAGCAGCUCACAAGAUUUUUUUGCAGGUCGUUGAGUCUGAGCAAAAAGCACGUCGCCGUUUGGAGCACAAUCUGCCGAAAAUGUCCGGGAUUAUAUCCCCGGAUGGAAGUGUGAGCACUCCGAGAAAAGAGAUCAACUCUUUUGACUCUUGA